AUGGCGCCUGCAGUUCUCAACAACCUCCUCGGCCGAUCCGAUGUAGCGAGGCUCGGCCCGCUGGCUGCGCGCGCAGUACUUCUCGCCCGAGACCCGUCGGAGGAACAUCACCGCCCAGACGAGGGCGCGUUGCAUCCCCAGGAUAUCAACAACAACGCCGUUUUUGCGGUUUUUGGUCUCCUCGGCGUUGGCUUUGUCUUGGUCGGCAUUUGGUUCUUCUUUUGGGCGAAGAACGGUGGCUUCUAUUUUAAGGAAACCGAUUGGGAUGACUACAAGUCCACUGUCCUGCGACGCAAGGGCCCUAACGGCACCGUUUACUCCGAUGCGACAGAGAGUACUGUUCUCGGCGGCGGUAGUGUUUACAAGGAUGUUGACGACCACACGACUACAACGGGUGACGAUCUAACAACGGUGGUGAGCGCGACGACGGGUAUCACCGGUAUCACUGGCGGUGUGUCGGAUUUCUCUGGCCGCGAGAAGCGUCGCAAGAAGCGCGAGCAAAAGGAGCGCGAAAAGGAACGCCGGCGUGAAGAGAAACAGCGCGAGAAGGAAGAACGCAAGAAAUCCCGCCGCAAGGUUGAUGGUGGUGUCAUCGUCGACGAGGAGGCAGAGGCCGAAGCACAGGAACACCUACGCAACUACCGUCAUGAGAAGCCCGCCCGCGUGGGUGGCAUCAACCGCGAGGCGGAAGGUUCCGAGUGGGACGGCUCGACGAACCCGAGCUGGUCGACCAUGAGCCCCAGCCACGCCGAUGGCGCCGGUGCCACCGACGUUGGUAGCACGGUGACAUCCGAGCUCAUCACCAACCGCGAGCGCACACCCACCACCACACCGACCAAGAAGGAUGCCAGCGAGCGCCCCGCGGGCCGCAUCCGCAAGGUCUACUCCACGGCUGACAAGAACGCGACGCGCGAGAACGAGCGCAUCCGCGCCGAGGCCCGCCGUCUCCAAGAGAAGGGCCGCGCGGCGGCAGCGGCCUCGUCCAGGGUCAAGCGCGACUUCAGCUUCACCCGCGGCGCCGAUGAGACCAUGGCGCUGCGGCGCAUCGAGGAGGCGCCCGCCGAGACCGUCGUCAGCGGGUCGUCGUACGCCUCGGAGGGCACCAACGACUACGCGGACAGGGAGAAGCGGGCUCGUUCGCGCUCGGGCGUGCGCCACAGCCGCACCGCCCCCGCUCCGAGCGAGGACUCGCGCGGGCCCCCGGGCAGCUGGGUCGAGAGCGAGGUCGGCGCGCCCAGCGACGCCGGCACCAAGGUGUACACCCACCCGCAUCACAUCCCCACCGGUAGCUCGGUGACGGGCACAUCGGUUAGUGACUAUGCGUAUGCCGAGGACAAGAGGAAGAAGCGGGGUGGUGCCGGGGCGAGGAGGAACCGGGAUAGUGCUGCCUAG